GAAAGGCACGGAGCGUCUCUCUUUCCCCCGUCUGACUCGGUUCUCGACUGCUCCCUGGCGCCGUUGUAUUGUGGGAUCGCGGCGCCGUGCCUGAGAAGCUCGGAUCUGCAGGGCAGUGCACUAGCUAGCGCCUCCUGUCGUCUGUGAAGCUGCCUUGCCACUCCUCGGCACCCCAGCUCCCCCCCACCCCCGAAUCGCCUCCUCCUCCAUCCUCCAGUUCAAAAUGGCGGCGGCGGCGGCAGCGGCAGCGGCGAUGGCUCCUCAGGGCUGUCCGGGUUCAUGCCCCAACUUCGCCGUAGUGUGCUCCUUCUUAGAGCGCUAUGGGCCGCUGCUCGAUCUGCCUGAGUUGCCGUUCCCUGAGCUGGAGCGGGUGCUGCAGGCGCCGCCGCGGGACGUCGGCAACGGAGAAGUACCGAAAGAAUUGGUGGAACUCCAUUUGAAGUUGAUGAGGAAGAUUGGCAAAUCCGUUACAGCAGACAGAUGGGAAAAAUAUUUGAUCAAGAUAUGCCAAGAAUUUAAUAGCACCUGGGCAUGGGAAAUGGAGAAGAAAGGCUAUCUCGAAAUGAGCGUUGAAUGCAAAUUAGCACUCCUCAAGUAUCUCUGUGAGUGUCAGUUUGAUGACAAUCUCAAGUUCAAGAAUAUUAUUAAUGAGGAGGAUGCUGAUACCAUGCGUCUCCAGCCAAUUGGUCGAGACAAAGAUGGCCUCAUGUAUUGGUACCAGCUGGAUCAAGAUCACAAUGUUAGAAUGUAUAUAGAAGAACAAGAUGAUCAAGAUGGCUCAUCAUGGAAAUGCAUUGUCAGAAAUCGAAACGAGUUGGCUGAGACUCUUGCACUCCUGAAAGCACAAAUUGAUCCUGUACUAUUGAAAAACUCUAGCCAACAGGACAACUCUUCCCGGGAAAGUCCCAGCUUAGAGGAAGAGGAGACUAAAAAGGAGGAAGAAGCACCUAAACAAGAGGAACAGAAGGAAAGUGAAAAAAGGAAAAGUGAAGAGCAGCCAGUAGAUUCAGAACAUCAUUCUAUACCCAAUUCUCUGGAAGAAACUACCGUGAAAAUAGAAAAAGAAGAUGAAAAGGAACUUGUGAAACUGCCAGUGAUAGUAAAGCUGGAGAAACCGUUGCUGGAAAGUGAGGAAAAAAAGAUUAUCAAGGAAGAAAGUGAUUCCUUCAAGGAAAAUGUCAAACCCAUUAAAGUAGAAGUGAAGGAAUGUAGAGCAGACCCUAAAGAUAUCAAAGGUAGCAUGGAGAAGCUAGAGCCUGAGAGACUAGAGUUUGGUGUCAAUGUGAAAUCUCAGGAACUUACUGAGAAGUCCACUGAAGAAACCGAGAAACUUAAAAAUGACCAGCAGGCCAAGAUACCACUAAAAAAACGAGAAAUUAAAUUGAGUGAUGAUUUUGACAGUCCAAUCAAAGGACCUUUGUGUAAAUCAGUUACUCCAACAAAAGAGUUUUUGAAAGAUGAAAUAAAACAGGAGGAAGAGACUUGUAAAAGGAUAUCUGCAAUCACUACUUUGGGUCAUGAAGGGAAACAGCUGGUAAAUGGCGAAGUUAGUGAUGAAAAGGUAACUCCAAAUUUUAAGACAGAACAAAUGGAGACUAAGUUUUAUGAUACAAAGGAGGACAGCUGUAGCCCCUCUAAGGAUAAAAGUGUCAUCAUGGAGGGAAACGGAGCAGAGUCCUUAAAUUCUGUCAUAACCAGUAUAAAAAUAGCUGAUCUUGAGAAAGUAGUGGUUCCUUUAGGGAAAGAUGCAGAAAGUUCAAUAUCAGAUUUAGAAACCCAGAAUCCAAAAGAGCAGAUAGAGGAAACUGGUCCUCCAGAAAUGGAAAUCUCUCAUGAGCCUUCUGAGAUGGCAAAGGAUCUCUCUUUACAAACUGCUUCAUCUUCUGCUGAAUCCCAUACCAUGAAAGUUGAAGAGAAAUGUCCCAAAAGUAAGAAAGAUAAGCACCCACCAGUCCUAGAAUGUCUUGAAAAGUUGGAGAAGUCCAAAAAGACUAUUUUUGAUAAGGAUACACAAAGAUUGAGUCCAAUACCAGAGGAGGUUCCAAAGAGUACCCUAGAAUCAGAAAAGCUGGGCUCUCCUGAGGCAGUUGAAACUUCCUCCCCAUCUAACAUGGUUGGCCAUUGUGAGAAACCAGCCUCAGAAAAGGAAAUGGCAGAGUGUCAGAGCACAAGUUCCAUUGAAGGUCAGUCCCUGGAACAAACAGACCCAGAAAUUUUAAAAGAGGAUUCUGAACCCAUGAAGGUAGAAAUGAUUAACCUGGACAAUGCCCAGACCCUUGGUACAGAGGACUCUUCUGAGAUAAAAGGCUCUAUGCCAAAAAGCAAAUUUAAAUAUAAGUUGGUUCCUGAAGAAGAAACCGCUGCUCCAGAAAAUACAGAGAUAACCUCUGAAAGGCAGAAGGAGGGCAUCAAAUUAACAAUUAGGAUAUCCAGUCGUAAGAAGUCAGAUUCUCCUCCCAAAAUUCUAGAACCAGAAACUAACCACGAGAAGUCAGAAAAGGAAGAAGAGAAAACAAAUGUGGUUCGUACUUUAAGGAGGUCUCCAAGAAUAUCUAGACCCACAGCAAAAGUGGCUGAGAUCAGAGAUCAGAAAGCUGAUAAAAAAAGAGGGGAAGGAGAAGAUGAAGUGGAAGAAGAGUCAGCAGCUUUGCAAAAAACAGACAAAAAGGAAAAUUUGAAAAAAAUGGAGAAAGAUACAAAUUCUAAAGUAAGCAAGGUUAAAACCAAAGGCAAAGUUCGAUGGACUGGUUCUCGAACACGAGGCAGGUGGAAAUAUUCCAGCAACGAUGAAAGUGAAGGGUCUGACAGUGAAAAAUCAUCUGCCGCUUCAGAAGAGGAGGAAGAAAAGGAGAGUGAAGAAGCCGUCUUAGCAGAUGAUGAUGAACCAUGCAAAAAAUGUGGCCUUCCAAACCAUCCUGAGCUAAAAGCAGUAUGGUGUGAUGGGAAAAGCAUGGACCAGACAGACUUGGCAGCAGAUCCUGCUUCCACCACUUAUCAGAUUCUUCUGUGUGACUCUUGUGACAGUGGGUACCACACUGCCUGCCUUCGCCCUCCUCUGAUGAUCAUCCCUGACGGAGAAUGGUUCUGCCCUCCUUGCCAACAUAAACUACUGUGUGAGAAAUUAGAAGAACAAUUACAAGAUUUAGAUGUUGCCUUAAAGAAGAAGGAGCGUGCUGAACGCAGGAAAGAACGCUUGGUGUAUGUGGGUAUCAGUAUUGAAAACAUCAUUCCUCCACAAGAGCCAGAUUUUUCUGAAGAUCAUGAAGAAAAGAAAAAAGAUUCAAAGAAAUCCAAAGCCAACUUGCUUGAAAGAAGAUCAACAAGAACACGGAAAUGUAUAAGUUAUAGAUUCGAUGAGUUUGAUGAAGCAAUUGAUGAAGCUAUAGAAGAUGAUAUCAAAGAGGCUGAUGGAGGAGGAGUUGGCCGAGGAAAAGAUAUCUCUACCAUCACAGGUCACCGUGGGAAAGACAUCUCUACUAUUUUAGAUGAAGAAAGAAAAGAAAAUAAACGACCCCAGAGGGCUGCUGCUGCUCGCCGGAAGAAACGCCGGCGAUUAAAUGAUCUGGACAGUGACAGCAACCUGGAUGAAGAAGAGAGUGAGGAUGAAUUCAAGAUCAGUGAUGGCUCUCAAGAUGAGUUUGUUGUAUCUGAUGAAAACCCAGACGAAAGUGAAGAAGACCCACCUUCUAAUGAUGACAGCGACACUGAUUUCUGUAGCCGAAGACUGAGACGACAUCCCUCCCGGCCAAUGAGGCAAAGCAGGCGUUUGCGGAGAAAAACCCCAAAGAAAAAGUAUUCUGAUGAUGAUGAAGAGGAAGAGUCUGAGGAGAACAGUAGGGACUCUGAAAGUGAUUUUAGCGACGACUUGAGUGAUGAUUAUGUAGAAACUCGGCGAAGGCGGUCAAGGAGGAACCAGAAAAGACAAAUUAACUACAAAGAAGAUUCAGAGAGUGAUGGUUCCCAGAAGAGUUUACGACGUGGUAAAGAAAUCAGACGAGUUCACAAGCGCAGACUUUCCAGCUCAGAGAGUGAAGAGAGCUAUAUGUCCAAGAACUCUGAAGAUGAGGAGUUAGCUAAAGAAUCAAAACGGUCAGUUCGAAAGCGGGGUCGAAGCACAGAUGAGUAUUCAGAAGCAGAUGAGGAAGAAGAGGAAGGCAAACCAUCCCGAAAACGGCUGCACCGGAUUGAAACAGAUGAAGAGGAGAGUUGUGACAAUGUUCAUGGAGAGGCAGGUCAGCCUGCCCGUGACAGCCAGCCCAGGGUCCUGCCCUCAGAACAAGAGAGCACCAAGAAGCCCUAUCGGAUAGACAGUGAUGAGGAAGAGGACUUUGAAAAUGUAGGCAAGGUGGGGAGCCCAUUGGACUAUAGCUUAGUGGACUUACCUUCCACCAAUGGACAGAGUCCUGGCAAAGCCAUUGAGAACUUGAUUGGCAAGCCAGCUGAGAAGCCUCAGACCCCUAAGGACAAUAGCACAGCCAGUGCAAGCCUGGCCCCCAAUGGGACAAGUGGUGGGCAGGAGGCAGGGGCACCAGAAGAGGAGGAAGAUGAGCUUUUGAGAGUGACUGACCUUGUUGAUUACGUCUGUAACAGUGAACAGUUAUAAGACUUUUUCCAUUUUUGUGCUAAUUUAUUCCACGGUAGCUCUCACACCAGCGGGCCAGUUAUUAAAAGCGGUUUUAUUUUUCCUAGAAAACUCCACUACAGAAUGACUUUUUAGAAGAAAAAUUUCAACAAACCCUGAAGUCUUUCUGUGAAGUGACCAGUUUUGAACUUUGAAGAUAAAUAAUUGCUGUAAAUUCCUUUUCACUUUCUUUUUCCAAGUUCAUGGUCCUUGGUAAUUUCAUUCAUGGAAAAGAAAUCUUAUUAUAAUAACAACAAAGAUUUGUAUAUUUUUGACUUUAUAUUUCCUGAGCUCUCCUGACUUUGUGAAAAAGGGUGGAUAAGAAUGCAUUCCGAAUCUGCAAGGGCCCAAAACAGAAUUAGGGGUGGGAGAAAGCACUUGUGCUUUAGCUUUUUCAUAUUAAAUAUAUAUUAUAUUUAAACAUUUGUGGCAUAAAUGAUGAUUAACAGACUGUUUAAAAGUUCAAGUCUGUAAAGUCGCAGUUUGAUAAUUGUAGAUAACAUCAUACAUAAGUCAUUUAGUAACAGCAUUCAUGAAAUCAACUUGUUUACUAUUGGAGAUAACCACACUUGAUAAAGAAGAGACUGAGAAAGUACCAUCAUUUAAAAAAAAAACUAACCUAAGUUUGUUACAGUGGAGUUUCUUGUUUUAAAAAAAAAAUCAUCUGAAAAAAAUUUGUAUAGUAAAAUGUAUAAUGAAGCUUUGACAACCAGAUUGUGCUAGCAACAAAUUUUUUAAAACAGCUUUAUGCAGUGGUGAUGAGGUGGCCUCUAAUAUACUAUCAUGGAGAGUUAUUAGUGAAUUGAGCGUGGUGGUCUCUUUCAAGGCCCAGGUAGACUGUAAACUUUGCCAAUAGUGUAACAUCUUCUGGCCACUUAUUUAAAUAUAUGAAAUAUCAUUUUGAAACAGAUACAUCUAUACAUAACAUACAUGAAGAGAUGAUAGGCUGACAGUGGUAUUUUAGCACAUUUGAAGAAGGGGAAAGGAUUUUCAGGUGAAUUUUAACUGGUCUAUUCUUGCCCUUAGUAUCUACUUCAAAUUGAAGUCUACAAACAAAGCAGUUCCUUUGGGAGGUUUUGAGUUUGAGUUUUAGCGUGCGUAUGUGUGUGUGUGUGUGCGUGUGUGCGUGUGCGUGUUGGAAUUUCUUAUCUGCCUGGAUAUAUUAGCAGGGUUUGAAUGUAGUUUUGGCCUUUAGCCAUUAGACUUCUAUUAAAAUACAUUAACAGUCACAUGACCAACAUAGAGUUGAUUGAGAACCGCCAAUGUACUUAAUAGGUAUGACAUCCAUUUCAAACAUCUCAACACUUAAAUAAAUAAAUAAGCCCUUUGUUUGAGGUAAAGGGGUUUGUGACUAAAUAUCUAACAUGUAAUUGACACUAAAAUAUGAACUUUGUCUUAGUUUCUGUUACAGCUGUAAAAUUUCAGGCAGAGCCAUAAAUAACAUUGUACAAAGUGUAGCACUUGUGAUUAAACCUUGCCUGUCAAAUUCUGAAACCUUCAGCCAUUACUUACUUCUGUGAAUACUUUUGCCCUGGGAUUUGGGGUUUUUUUCUGUUCCAGUGUUGUGUCUGUUGCCGGCAAUGGACACAGCAUAUCUGCUGCUGGCCCAAGAACUUCAUUAAUUUUUCUCUCCAAAUUAAGCAUUGUAUGUGCUAGUCAGUGUAUAGUAAAGCACUUCUCUUUUUUAUUAUUAAAAAGCUGACAUUAGACUUGCAUUAUAAAUACCUCUCUAGAAACUUUAUACUCCUUUUUUUCCUUCCUCAACAGGUGUUGCCCUUAAAUCUUAUCUUUUUGGCCUUGAAAGUUUAUAGCUGUUGUUUUCAGUUAUUGGUUCUUUUGUUUGUUUUGUUCCAAGUUUAGUUCUGUAGUACCUGCCCAUUAAUAUUUUUUGCUUUGAUUCUAGCAAUGUAUAUGUAUCUGUAUAAAAAUAAAAUAAUGAAAGCAGCCUAAAAUAGGGUGCACAAAUAGCAUGUGGUUCCAAGUAAAUUGUGAUUUUUGAGACAAUGUUCCACUGGAAGGGAGGGAAGGGCUUACAUUCAUAGACAGUAGAGCAGAGCGCUAUGUAAGGAGCCACGUUCAUUUACAGGCCUCCUUUCUAGCUAGGCUUGUUUCAUUUAUUUGUAAGUCUGUUAAGAAUGUUAGCCUUUUAAAACUAAAACAGGCUGGCAACAGAAGGAAUCCUACUAGUGCACGGUAAGUGGUUAGAAUGUGCCCGUGGCCUAUUCUGCAUCCAGUCUCCCUCCACUAUUUUAGUCCUGAAGCUGGUAAAGCCACUACUGUGUGGAAACUCCCUGUACCCUGUUUCUACCUCUGGACACACCAGCCCCUGUUUCCACCUAUUCUGUUUAGUUACGCAAGUGAUAAAAAGUAUUAAGUGGGUAGAUUAUUUCUUUUACAGGAUGCCUAAUGUGAAUAAGGAGUUCUUUUUAUUCUUCUGCUACAGAGAGCAAAAGGUAAUUUUUAUCAUUGUGAAGACUGAGUAUUCCAUUUAGCAAAUGUCCCAUUGAUGUGGGUGAUGAUACCACUUUUGCUGCCUGUUAUUUACCAAACUUGAAUUAAGUGUUUGUGAAGUUGAUAGUGAGUGUAUUCCUUCUAUCCUUACAUUCUGAUUACACCAAUUAACUAUGUUUCAUCUACAAAAAUGUAAAUCAAGCAACUGAUACUUAUAAAUUAUUAUUAUGCAGGUAGAUUAAUUAUGGGUGAUUAAAUGAACAGUUCAAAACAACUCUGCUACUUGGUGUUUUGAUUCAGUCCCUGAAAGAGUCUGUUCACUGACAUAUUAACUCUGAACAUACUUUGAAGAAGUUCUUUUUUAAUUAGGAAAAAGUAAACAUUUUAUAUCCAAAGAUAUAAUUCAGUCAUUAGGAACUGGAAAUGCAUAGGAAGAGAGCAAUUCAUCUAGAGUUUAGAAUGUCUUCUGUCCUUGUUGAUAGAGUGAUAACCAUGGAUUUAGGUUCACAGUAGCUGCUAUAGUGUAAUAGAGCCCUUUAAUACUUUAAACCUCCUUUUUUGAAAUACAGUUUGGAUUCCUGGUAUAAAACUCCACAGUGUAUAGCAAAUGUAUUGAGGGGAGAUGUAGAUUAGUACUAUUUAGUUUGCAAUUUCUGUAAAGGUUUGAAAAUGAGCUAAAUUGUCACAAAGCAGAAGCUUUGAAUUAUGUGAAAAAACUCUGAAAAUACACAUUUUGGUUUUGCAGGCUUGAGCUGAUGAAAUAGUAUUCAGUGUAAUACAUGUUCCAUUGUUGGUAUGUUACUAGAGAAUGAUGGCAGAAAUAUUUUCAGGAAUAUACCUGAUAUACUGAGGUUAGGUUUCCUUGACACAUCUUUUUCCAGUUGGUCAAGGUUGCAAAUUCAGAGAAUAAAGAAUUUCAUUUAGAAUAAAUUGAUGUCUACUGAAAAUCUUUUUAUGAGUGUGACCUGCCAAAGAACCAAGGACUUCAAAUGCUGAGGAAGUUGUUGAAAAGAGGUUUUUAAACGAAUUAAUUUUAAAAGGCUAUUAUAAACUAGUCACCAUUUUUCAGUUCAUAGAACUCAUCCCAUAAUAUGCAUUUAGAUGCUUGUUAUUUAGAAAUGGGGAAAUGUUCAUCUAUUUUUAAGUGAGAUUGACGGAAUUCCUUUUAUCAUAAGGAAUAUCUUUUUAGCUUAUGUUUGUGAGGCUGAGAUGUUCACCCUUCGCUAGUUUGUACUACCAUACAACUGCAGGGAACCCGAUGAAUCUCCAAGUUUAAUACACAGAAGAGUUGUGAACUCUGUCCUUCACCAAUACAAUGCAGGUCCAUGAUUCAUGGUGUUUCCUCACAGCUAUACUUUUUUUUUUUUUUUUUGGA